AUGGAUGAUUUGCGAAGAGAUCCUAAUGUAGAGAACAUUGACAGUGAGGAGAGUGAGGAAGAUAUAGUAGUGCUAGAAGAGACGGAUAUCUCUCAUGGUGUAAAGGCAUGCACAAAGAGCUUAACAGGUCGAAUUUUUUUGGCACAAAAAUUCUCUGCAGGUACUAUGGAGAAUGCACUAUCCGCAAUCUGGGAUAAACUAAUAGGGUUCAAAGUAGUCAAUCAAGGGACUAAUCAGUUUCAGUUCUUCUUCGAUGAAGAGAAAGACAUGCGGCGUAUAGAGAAAGGAUCCCCCUGGCUAUUCAAGGAUUACAUCCUUCAUGUGCGACAAUGGAGUGACACACAAAAUUCUGACAAUAAUUCAGAUUCAACAUUCCCCAUUUGGGUACAAUUUUGGGGUGUCCCUGAAUGUUAUAAAACGUUGGAAGCUGGGUGGAAACUUGGCAAAAAACUGGGAGAACUUAUGGAGAUAGGAAUGUAUAAAGUCAGAGGCAAAGAAUCUCGGAUACUGAAAGCAAAAAUUAUGCUUGAUGGGGAUAAGGCAGUGAAAGAUAGCCUCAAGGUGAAAGGACCGAACCAACGACUGGUGGAGGUGGGGCUGAGGUAUGAAUGCAUUGGAAUCUUCUGUAUGUACUGUGCUCACCUUGGGCAUAGUGCGAGGGUAUGUAAUGUUCUAUUAGAGGAUGCAGCCUGUAACAAAUUGAACCAAGAUUUGGUGGGAGAAUGGUUGAAAGCUGACUAA